AGAACACAGGUGAUAUAUAGAAAGUGUCUAACUAAUAAUCCCUUUUCCUUGUUGGACAUUUGAAAUGAUUCUCGUAUUUUUUUUUGCGUCAGCUCUUCUCUCAUGUCUACCUUUCCUUCACUCUGCUACAAACCACAACACUUCCAUUCCUAUCUGCCCAAAAAGUUUCAGCUGCCAAAAUUUGGAACCAUUUAGUUACCCGUUUUAUAACGCCAAUGACACAAAGUGUGGGUUGAUUAAGGUCAAUUGUACUUCAAAUGGUACAAAUCUGGAAUUCAGAGGAGAUUCAUAUGAGGUUGGUGGCAAGUUUGGACCUCAGCAGUGUGUCCUGGUUCGUAACAGAAAGUUUGAAAAACUUGUAAAUGAUAAAAAGUGUGAGGCGUUUACGUAUAAUUUCGCUUCUCCGUUUCCUCUUUUGUAUUCUAGUUUAAGCACAUCCUUCACCAAUGUCUACAAAUGCAGCAACAGUACCAAUUAUGCUGAAGAAAUGGAUGCUUAUUUUAACCAAUCUACUUACAAUAGAUACACCAGAUGCAAAGCACACAAUUUGUAUUAUAAGUCUAACAUAAGCGAUACAACAGUUCCAACUCAUCUCCCACCUAUAUGUGAAAUCAUACAGCUGCCUGUGAAUGUGCAAUUUAAUCGCACCAGAAUACCCGACAAAACCGACAUAUUUUCUCUUCUUGGUUUUGAAUUCACCCUUACAUUUAAUUUGUCAAGUUCUUGCGAUGAAUGUCGCAAUAAAGACGGCCAGUGUGAUACUCGAGAUGGACAUUUUCAGUGUUUAGGCACCAAAAAAGUUGCGGCAGAAAAACGACACAGAAAACAGAAACAGAUUCUAGCUCUUAGUAUAGGAUUUGUGACAAUGAUGGUUGUGAUAAUCGUAUGUUUCAUAUGGAAACUCUCAUGGCGCGUAAAGACAAAGAAGUGUGUUAAUGUGGAAAACUUUCUAGAAAAUCAUGAAUUUCUUGCGAAAAGGUAUACGUAUUUGCAAGUAAAGAGGAUGACAAACUCAUUCGAAAUCAAAUUAGGACAAGGUGGAUUUGGUUCGGUGUAUAAAGGAGCGUUAACUAAUGGAAGUUUAGUGGCCGUGAAGAUCUUAAGCGAAUUGAAAGGUAAUGGUGAAGAUUUCAUAAAUGAAGUUGCAAGUGUUGGUAGAACUUCCCAUGUAAAUAUUGUAAGUCUUGUAGGAUUUUGCUUUGAGGGCCAUCAAAGAGCAUUAAUCUAUGAGUUCAUGCCUAAUGGAUCACUUGAGAAGUUCAUAUAUGACCAAACAUUUUUGAGUAAUAGCCAACUUGGAUGGACAAAGUUGCAUGAGAUUGCUAUCGGAAUUGCUCGAGGCUUAGAAUACUUACAUAGUGGUUGCAACACACGGAUCUUGCAUUUUGACAUAAAGCCCCAUAAUAUUCUUUUGGAUCAAGAUUUUUCUCCUAAAAUAUCCGAUUUCGGCCUUGCCAAGCUAUUCCCCGAGAAAAGAAGCAUGAUAUCUAUGUCCCAUAUGAGAGGAACACCAGGGUAUAUUGCUCCUGAACUCUAUUCUAGGAGUUUUGGGCAGGUAUCGCACAAAUCUGAUGUUUAUAGUUAUGGGAUGAUGAUUUUGGAAAUUGUUGGAGGGAGGAAAAAUAUUGAGGUUGGAGUUGAUCAUACAAGUGAAAUAUACUUCCCGCAUUGGAUAUACAAAAAGGUUGAAUUAGAUGAAGACUUGGAACUACAUAUGAGUACGAGCGAUAAAGAAAAUGAGAUGGUAAGAAAAAUGAUUAUUGUGGGCUUAUGGUGCAUACAAACAAAUCCCUUGAGUCGACCAACUAUUACGAAGGUAUUGGAAAUGUUAGAAGGAGACCUAGAAUCAUUGGAAAUUCCUCCAAAACCUUAUUUAUCUUCUCCAUUAAGGUCCGUCGUUGGUUCCUCAUUUACAGAAUAAGUGCAUACGUGUUCAUUUACAGUAACUUCAAUAUACAUUUUGUCAUGUAAGUUAAUCUCGACACUAUUGUAUCCUAAAUUUGUAGUCAUUGGCUUGUGCUGAUCAUAAUACAAGCCAAUAUCAAAGUUUAUUGGCAAUUACUAGGCCCUUGAACAUGUUAAAAGGAAGCAGGUUUGA